UCUUCCCUCAAUUCUUCAACACCCAGGCCAGAGUCCAAUUCUGCAAUUGAGAAAACUGUGGAUCGAAGAUGGCCUAUUCAUGGCGACCUCAACCACCACAACAGCCUCCAUUGCAAGGCGAUCGAUGCCCGGUCUGCUCAUACUCUCACUUCCCCUUUUGCCCUCCACCGCCACUGUACCCUCCCAACCCUAGACUGCAAUAUCAGCCACAUCCCGCCCAGUUCUACCAUGGGCACCCACCAGUACCACCGCAACCGGCUUACGAUCCCUUCGUCGAUCACCAUACCGGGCCCCACCAAGUUCCUCCUCACCGUCCAUACGCUGAUGGCUACCAAGGUCUUCGCUCGCCGUGGAAUCAAGGCGCUAAUUUUAAUAAUGAUCCAUAUGGGAAUUCGAAUUCAACCGAUAAUUUUAGUCAUGGUAAUGGUGGAGCUAAGAGAAUGCGUAUGGAUGAUCCGAGCUCAGUUGUGAAUGAAAGUUAUGAGAAAUCAGCUAGGUUUUCGUUUGAUGACGAAAGGAGAUUGCAAUUGAUUCGUGAUCAUGGUGGACCAGCGGAUCAGGGAAACUCUGAAGGAUAUGGGAACGGUGCGAACAACUUUCGUGACUCGGGAUGUGGCGAUUUGGACAGAAAACAGGCUAGUAGUGAACAAGUUGAUAAGAAUUUGGUUCAGAGUAAUGGCUAUGGAUUUAGCAGUUUUCCAGCUAAUAAUUACAAUAAUGUAGACCAGGGGCGGAAUACAAUUCAGCAUGAACAAAGUGGUGCUCUUGGGUUUGGCUCAGAAAAUCACAAUUUUGAUAGUUCAUAUCCUGAUUUUUACCCAAAGCAGCAUUCUUUAGAGCUGAAGCAAAACCAAUAUGGUUCAGCAAUAACUAGGCAAGGAGCCUCAAACCCGAGAGGCAUGGCUAUUGGUCUGAGUCAGGGUUCACGAGCAUUCCCUGGCCAGCUUCCACUUCCUUCCUCGCCACCACCACCUCUUCCUGCAGGAACUCCUGGCCGCCCUUUCUUAGAGCCAGUUGUUUCAUCAUCACCAUCAGGAACAGCCUCUUCAUUAUUUCCCAUUCAUACUGGUACAUCAGCUUCAAUGCCUUCCUACCCUCCAGCCACUGAAGCAGCUCAAGCCUACUAUCAUGCCAAUGGCAAUUCAAAGCCUCCAUCUGGCUUUGCUAUGGAGGAACUUCGGACUUUUCACUAUGCUUCGUCAAGGACAUGCUCAGGAGAAAGUGAACAGUAUCCUGCCAGGCAUCCAUCUUCUGAAAAGCCUAAGAUUUUUGAUGCUUCUCACAUUUUAAAGCGUCCACAUAGAUCUGCCCGGCCUGAUCAUAUAGUUGUAAUCCUUCGAGGGCUUCCAGGGAGUGGAAAGAGCUAUUUGGCAAAAAUGUUGCGUGACCUUGAGGUUGAGAAUGGUGGUAAUGCCCCAAGAAUUCACUCGAUAGAUGAUUACUUUAUGACUGAAGUUGAAAAGGUUGAUGAAAGUGAAGUUUCAAAGUCUGCUGGCUCUACCAAAGGGAAAAAAUCUGUGAAAAAGGUCAUCGAGUAUUGCUAUGAACCUGAGAUGGAGGAGGCUUAUCGGUCAAGCAUGUUGAAGGCAUUUAAGAAGACCCUUGAUGAGGGGGCUUUCUCCUUUGUAAUUGUGGAUGACCGCAAUCUGCGGGUAGCUGAUUUUGCUCAAUUUUGGGCAACUGCAAAGAGGUCGGGGUAUGAAGUGUACUUACUAGAAGCUCCGUACAAGGACCCAGCGGGAUGUGCAGCAAGGAAUGUGCAUGGUUUUACGCUGGAUGAAAUACGGAAGUUGACUUGCCAGUGGGAAGAAGCUCCAUCCCUGUAUUUGAAACUGGAUGUUAAGUCAUUAAUUCAUGGAGAUGAUCUUGAGCAUGGUGCAAUAGAAGAGGUAGACAUGGACAUGGAGGAUGGAGAUUCAGCAGCAGAACCAUCUACUUCUGAACAAGGGAAUACCGAGAAUGCUGUACUACCUGCAAGCGAUAUCACUUCUGAUGCUAAAGGUGAUUUGAGUUGGGAUGAUGAAGCAGAACACCAUAUUGAUUCAGUGAAGGAUUUGGGAAAGAGUAAAUGGUCAACUGAUUUGGAUGAGGAUGACAUCCAAAAAGAUGAAAAUACUAAAAGGAAACCUAAUGCCCUCUCUGGUUUAAUCCAAUCUUACAGAAAACAAAGUAAAAGAGUACGAUGGGGGGAUCAGGCUGGUAAAGCAGGAUUUUCAAUAGGAGCAACUAAAGCCGCUAAUGUAUCAUUAAUAAUUGGUCCUGGUGAAGGGUACAACUUGAAAUCAAACCCUCUCCGGGAAGAAGAAAAAACAACAUUAAUUAAUGGCAGGCAAACAAAGAGGCAGGGCGUGUUCCAAGAACAAUUACGUGCUGAGCAUGAGUCCUUCAAGGCUGUUUUUGACAAAAGGCGACAACGAAUUGGGGGCCUUGAUGCCGAGGAGGAAUGAUAUUUGUCAGGAGAUGUAGCAAAUGCCCAAUUCCUCCUCUCUACCCUUCCCUUCAUCUCCAAUCUCCAGCCUCAUAGAUUAUUGGGUUCCCAACUUGUGUAAUAUCGUCAUUUGUUUACAUGAAAGCUGUGUGGGGACUGGGGAGGGGGCCUUGAAGUUGCCAUUUGUAAACUGUAGUUUCAUUAAGAAGCAUGAGUUUCUAGGGCAGAGAUGGAGAUGAUAACAGAUGACACGUUCCAGACAUUUUGUAUUACUAAAACAAUUUUGAAGGAAAAUCCUUGCAAUGCAAAAUUUUGUUGUCUACCAA